CCGCCUCCUGGCAGAGCUGCCGAUGCACACAAAGCCUAGGGUCACGGGCCGCCGCAGCCAUUCGCCCAUCAACAGCCGGUGAUGGCAGGUUUCGUUGAAGACCGUCUGUGCAAAUCUUGUCAAUCCGGAUGCUCAGGUUGGCAGACCCAUCUCUCUGAUCCUUGAGGCCAAAUCUACUUAACACAGGAAGACUGUAUUGUCAUAAAGUCCAUUUAAGCCAGGCAUAGCCAAGGCACGUCAGAAGUGGACACUGCUCCAGCGAUGGGCAUUGGUCAGAAUCCCUCAUCUAAGGCAAUGGAAUCCACAAACUCAACCGAUGGGAAGUACGAGGAGGAACCAAAGCACACAACCUUUUUCACUCUUCCGGUGGUGAUAAAUGGAGGAGCGACACCCAGCGUGGAUCAAGAUACAGAAGACACUGAACUAAUGGCAAUUUAUACAACUGAGAGUGCGAUCGCAGAGAAGAGCUCUUUGUCAGAGACCCUGGACAGCACUGGAAGCCUAGACCGCCAGCGGAUGGACAUGAUCUAUACAGUGGAGGACGUGCCUCCCUGGUACCUCUGUAUCUUCCUAGGAUUACAGCACUACCUGACAUGCUUCAGCGGGACAGUAGCCGUGCCCUUCCUGCUUGCAGAAGCCAUGUGCGUUGGCUUUGACCAGUGGGCUACCAGUCAACUCAUUGGGACCAUUUUCUUCUGUGUAGGAAUCACUACUUUGCUUCAGACAACUUUUGGGUGCAGGUUACCCUUGUUCCAGGCAAGUGCGUUUGCUUUCCUUGCUCCGGCUCGUGCCAUCCUAUCCCUUGAGAAGUGGAAAUGUAAUACUACAGGAUAUGAAGCCCAUACUUGUGACACCAGAUUGCUGGCGAAUAAUGCAACCUCCGAAAAUACUUUAUUAUGCGAUAUAUCUUUUUCUAAUGGAACAGAGCACAUAUGGCACCCGAGGAUACGCGAGAUACAAGGUGCCAUUAUCAUGUCUUCACUCAUAGAAGUGGUCAUUGGCUUCCUUGGUCUUCCUGGAGCCUUGUUGAGAUACAUAGGACCUCUGACGAUAACUCCUACUGUGUCUCUUAUCGGCCUAUCUGGGUUCCAGGCUGCCGGGGAGAGAGCUGGCAAACACUGGGGCAUUGCGAUGCUCACCAUUUUCCUGGUCCUUCUUUUCUCCCAAUACGCAAGGAACGUCAAGCUGCCGCUUCCCAUAUACAAGUCUAAGAAGGGUUGGACGGCUUACAAGUUACAGCUGUUUAAAAUGUUUCCAAUCAUCAUGGCCAUCAUCGUGUCCUGGCUGCUCUGCUUCAUCUUUACUGUGACCGAUGUUUUUCCACCAGAUAGUAGCAAGUAUGGGUUUUAUGCCCGCACUGAUGCCAGGCAAGGGGUUUUGGCAGUCGCCCCUUGGUUUAAAGUUCCUUACCCAUUUCAGUGGGGUCUUCCUACAGUGUCUGCUGCAGGGGUUAUUGGGAUGCUGAGUGCUGUAGUAGCCAGUAUUAUUGAGUCUAUUGGCGAUUACUAUGCCUGUGCCCGGCUGUCUUGUGCCCCACCGCCUCCAAUACAUGCCAUUAAUAGGGGGAUUUUCAUAGAAGGCCUCUCUUGUGUCCUGGAUGGCAUGUUCGGUACUGGAAACGGAUCCACAUCGUCCAGUCCCAACAUUGGCGUUCUGGGAAUAACCAAGGUUGCCAGUCGCAGAGUCAUUCAGUAUGGUGCUGCCUUCAUGCUGCUGCUGGGCAUGAUUGGGAAGUUUAGUGCCCUCUUUGCCUCUCUGCCUGAUCCAAUCCUCGGUGCCCUGUUCUGCACCUUGUUUGGCAUGAUCACUGCUGUGGGGCUCUCCAACCUUCAGUUUGUGGAUUUGAACUCGUCAAGGAACCUAUUUGUUCUAGGUUUCUCUAUUUUUUUUGGGCUCAUGCUUCCCAGCUACCUAAAGCAGAACCCACUGGUGACAGGCAUUGCAGAGAUUGAUCAAGUAUUAAAUGUGCUGCUUACAACCGCCAUGUUUGUGGGAGGCUGUGUUGCUUUCAUUCUGGAUAACACUAUUCCCGGCACACCUGAAGAAAGGGGGAUCCGGAAAUGGAAGCUGGGGAUAGGCAAAGGUGGGUCUGCUGGUGAAGGCAUGGAAUCGUAUGACCUGCCAUUCAUUAUGAACUUUCUCCGGAAGUACAAAUGCUUCAGUUACCUUCCGAUCAGCCCCACGUUCACGGGAUACCAGUGGAAGGCUCUAAGGAAGAACCGCAAGAGUCGAAGAAAGGAGAAGGAAUCUGAGCCCGCGGUAUAGCCCUGGCCUCCAGAUCCAGCUUUGUCAUACAGUAAUAUGUCUCUGCAGUCUGAUGCCAGAUUUACCAAGCCUUGAGCCAGAAGUCUUGUGUAUAAUACUCUGUAUAUUCACAUAGAGAAAUUCCAGGGCCGAGACAUGGGGGGAGGCAUCGUGGGCUUAAUCCUUUGACCUCCAGGUUGAUAUUGUGCCUCUUUUGCUGUGUUUUUAACCAUUGACACCCUCUUUCCUACUUUUUAACCCCUCAUUACCCUUGUUACUCUAAAAAGCAAUAUGUCCUGCCUGACCUUGUCACCCACCUUUUCCUGUGCAUGACCGACUUUCUGGUAUAUCAGUGGUUAAACGGGUAUCAUGCCAGCUAUAGGCACAUUCUUGCCUCUGAAAUACAGAUGAAACUCGAAAAAUUUGAAUAUCGUGCAAAAGUCCAUUUAUUUCAGUAAUGCAAAUUAAAAGGAAUUGCAUUAAUGCAGCUUAAAAUUAGAAUUUGGUGAAAAGGUUCAAUA